AUGGCUAGUUUUGAGCAAGUCAAAAGUGAAUACGACCAUCAAGCCCAGGGCUACAACGAUAUUACGCACCUGCCCUGCAGCAUACUCCAAACGGAACUUCUUGGUGCAGCCCUCGGGGAUUGCACUGGGCUCCAUGUUCUCGACUUCGGCGGUGGCUCUGGCAUUCACUCACGCCAAGCUGUAGACGCAGGAGCAGCCACUGUCGACAUUAUAGAUCUGUCCACCGAAAUGUUGCGAGUUGCUGAGGACACUGAGAAGCAACUCGGCCGCACUGGAAAAAUUCGUACCUUUGAGGCAGACGUGACGAAGCCCAUUGAUCAUCUCCUCGAAAAAGGUCUACGGGACCAGUACGAUAUUGUCAUGUCCAAUUUCUGUUUCGACCAUGCAACCUCGCAAGAGCAGCUCGAGACUAUGUGGCGCAAUGCUGUAUCCCGUUUGAAGCCCGGCGGCCGCUUCGUUGGCGCCCGAGUAGGCAACAUGAAGAGCAAGGCGUGCGCUGAUGGCAAAUACGGCGUUACGUAUAAAGAUUUCGAAGAUAUUCCUGGAGGUGUUCGCUACCGAUAUCGCAUCCACCUAAACGAGCCGAUCGAAUUUGAGGCGAGCUCGCUAGACUUGAGCUGGAAGGGCAACAAGGAGAUCAUCGAGAAGUUUGGCUUGACAGACGUCCAGGAAGUUGACUUUAUGAGCGCCAAGACCGUGCGCGACGACACAGCUUUCUGGCAGACUUUUCUGGAUGAUCCUAGUAUGGCUGUCGUCAAGGCUACUAAGGCUGUGUCAGCUGCCGCUUGA